GUGCAGUGAAGUAAGUGGCUGUGUGUUUAGUAAGCGAGUUUGUGAAGCAUACAGCAUUAAUCCGUCCUGGCAACCGUCCUCAUGACCAAGACAGCAAGAUGAGGAAGGUGUUCCCGUGGCUCACCAACGUGUCUCUGUACGGCUGUCUGUUCGCCGGCGGGGAUCUUCUCCAUCAACGCGUGACGCACAAGGACACCGGCGAGCUGGACUGGAAGCGCACCAGGAACGUGGCGCUCGUGGCGUUCUGUUUCCAUGGUAACUGGAACUACUUUUGGCUGCGAGCGCUCGAGCGCCGGUUCCCGGGACGGUCCGUUGGCACGGUGCUCACCAAGCUGGCUCUGGAUCAGAGCUUUUCCUCGCCCUUAGCGACCAGCGUUUUCUACACAGGAGUGAGCGUGCUGGAGGGCAAAGAGGACGUGUUCGAGGACUGGAGGGAAAAAUUCUUCAACACAUAUAAGACAGGACUCAUGUACUGGCCCUUCAUGCAGUUCCUGAACUUCAUGUUGAUGCCACUGUACCUGCGCACCGUCUUCAUGGGCUGCUCUGCGUUCCUGUGGGCAGGCUUCCUGUGUUUCUCGCAGCAGAACGGUGACGGCACUGCGGCCUCGGCUGUCACCUGGAUAAACGCCUCAGGGAAACGGAUCCUGAACCGCAGCGCUAACGAGGAGAAGUGAUGAACGUGUAGGCACAGAGGAACAGUGACCCUGGUGCCUUCACUCACGCUACAGACAUGUACAGACGCUGAACUGACACUUAUUCAUUACUACACAUAUAGAAACCUGUAAUGUCACGUGUAUAAGGAACGUAACUUGAAAUAUUUCUCGGGAUACCUCAUAUGUCCAGGUAUGUGCUGAUAAUCAUACACCCCCCCCCCCACACACACACACAAGCACUGUAAAAUCAGCACUACAUCUUUGUGCCUUUCGCAAAGGCUCACAGUUUACUGCUGCUCCAAAUACCAGUUUUAUACAAUCUCUAAAUAUUAUUCUUUUGUGCUUUAUAAACAGAUUUAGAUUAAGGUAUAUUAUUAUUAUUAUUAUUAUUAUUAUUAUUAUUAUUAUUAUUAUUAUUUUAUUCCACACAGCUCCCGAUCGCAGGUUUAUAUAUUAACACGCUCGUUUCUAUAGCAACAACGUACCCAGGGAUUUGUGAUGACGUGAAACGACGCAAAGUUUUCUGUAAGGAGAUGUUUAUGUAAAUUUUAAAGGAAGGAGUCUCCAGUGUCAGUACAGUGCAGAGGAAUGGAUUUAUUUUGUGAGGGUUCAACAACAACAACAACAACAACAACAACAACAACAACAUGUAAACUAUAAAAAGCUAAAAAGAACAGCUUUGUUCAACAUGUUGUUCUUAUAUGAGAGAUUUUUUGGUGUAAGAUGAAUAAUGCCUCCUGGAUUCUGACUGUUUUUUUUUUUUUUACUGUGACUGUUAAAAAAAAACAAAAACAGAAAUUGAUUCAGCAAUAAUUUUAACAUGUAAUAUCUUUUAAUAUUUAAUAACGUAACUCUUAAUAUUAUUUCAGUCACUUAUUUGAUAUUAUUCUGUUAUUCACCUGCUAUUUAUUGAACUUUAUUUCAAUUCUUAAUGCUUAUUAUUUUUAAUUGAGCGACACAGAAUUCAUUCUUCACGGUCUGCAUUUUGUUUGGUUUAUUAACAUGCUGUAGUUUUUGGUGGCUGCUCAGGGACGGUGUGUGUUUAUUUCCCACAGUAAAGAAAGCGAGAGAGACUUUUGGUAAAUUUGGUAUAUAGGUGUAUAUUAUUUUUGUUUUUUUUGAGAAAAAAAAAAGGAUAGAAAAUAUCAGAAGGCCAAAAUGUUAUUCGGAAUCAGUUCAACUUUAUAACCGCGGUGUAAUGUGGUUAUGUGGUUACUGAAAGGGACUGAAAACCCCUUUGUAGCAGCAUCAGGUCCAAAAAAAAUAACCAAGGUCUGAGACUUGAGUGUCGUCUGAUGAUUACUUUUGAGAGAAAACAAGAUGUCUGGGUAUUUUUGCACUUUUACACAAACAGUGUGAUGAAGCUGCUGUACACCAAAUUCAGCUCAUUUGUAUUUACCUGUUUCUCAAGGUGUGGCUCCGCCCCCUUCUCUCACUGCUUACCUAGAUAUAGUUUUUUUUUGUUCUAGGACAAUGUUUUAAAUAUUUAAAUAGAAUUGAUCAUUUAUCAUGCAGUAUAACUAUCUACAUGUUCUUUUUACGUUUCUUUUUAAAAUAUUUAAUUUACAUAUUUAAUCUAAACUUAUUUAUUUUUUAUAUGUUUGUUUUAGGGAUGAAAUGAGGUGCAUAUCAUUUUUCA